UCAGUGUUGUUAAUAAAGGUUAUACAAACAGGAACCGGAACUGGCGCUUAGCACCAGCAAGUUUCUUGUGACUCUUCUCAGCAUUCUUAGUCCAAAAACUCAAAAGUCACUUGGAUAAUUUCGAGAUUAUAUUGUUCGUUUAUGAGGGAAACGUUUCUUAUAGAAUGUGCUUAAUUUCUACCCGAUAGCGGCCUGUUAACUCGAAUUUUACCUUCUUCGUUAGCUUAGCUUCUCCUUUGUUGACGUCUGACUCCGUUGAAGUUCUUGCAGAAUCGAAGCGGACUUAUCCUGAGCGAGCGAUAAUGGCGGAUCCUGCGCGGAUCCAAACUGAGAUCACACCUGAGAGAUCGGCUGCCGCCCAAGAUGAGCAGCCUAAAGCUAAGGCGACCGAGGAAGGAACGUAUCCGGCUCCGGAAAAGACUGCGGACGAACCCAAGGAGUCGUCGUCCUCGCAAGACCACCACAAAGAAGACGAGCCAUCUGAACCAGCAGGAGCAGAGGAUGAGGAGGAAGGAACUUCAGGUCAGCCCGCAUCUAAAAGACUAAAGGUGGAACCGGAAAAGAAAAAGGAAAAGCGGCAAAAAGUCGACGAGGAUGAAAUACAAAAGAUGCAGGUUUUGGUUUCGUCUUUCUCUGAAGACCAGCUGAAUCGUUACGAAAUGUACAGGCGGUCUGCCUUUCCGAAGGCGGCUAUUAAGAGGCUGAUCCAGUCCAUAACGGGGUCCUCAGUGUCCCAGAACGUGGUGAUUGCCAUGUCGGGUAUCUCGAAAGUUUUUGCUGGGGAAAUCGUUGAGGAAGCGUUGGACGUUUGCGAGACUUGGGGAGAUACGCCACCUCUUCAGCCCAAACACAUGAGGGAGGCAGUCAGGAGGCUGAAGAGCCGCCAUCAGAUUCCCAACACCAAGUACAAAAACAUUCUUUUUCACUGAGGAGCGCAGCUUCAAGUGACACAUCACGGAUGACCACACCGGCCCCAGUACGAAAACGGCACCGUUUCGCCAAGGAAAUUCUGCAUUAACGGUCCGACAACUUACUGAACAGAUCCCAAGAUCAGUGUCCGUAUCGCUGAAGGAACUUUGAUCCACGCGUGAUGAAGGACUUCGAAAUGGAAUUACUGCCACUUCUUCUAGUUCUUGCCGCUGCCAUGUGAACGUUUGAUUGAACGUUCGGUUAAAUUUGCAAAAAUUGAAGUAUGCUUGAGUUAUGUACCUAAAAAUACUAUUACCGAUUGGCCUUUUAUAUUGAAUGUUUCAAAAAAUGAUUUUUUUUUUUUUUUCAUUGCAAGCAAAGUGAUUGUGAAGCAACUGCAGCAUGCAGAGCUCCGGACUGUGUCAAUGGGUGUAUUCAUGUACCAUAAAAACAGUUUAAACGUU